AUGCCGCUAUUCAGCAGCAAAUUUACUGCUAAAACUAUACCAGUAAGAAAACAAGAUACAUCGGUGAUUAAAAAUGAGUUUGGUAGUGAUUAUGCAUCAAAAGAAUUAUCACUUGAUAUCGGACCACUGACACUGAAAUUAGGAGAUUUUGAAGUGUCUUUUGAGGAAGGCCAAUGGAUUCCAGCAUCAGGCAAAGCGGGAGUGGCGCACAAAGAAAAUCUGAGACUUAAAAAAGAACUAGAAAGACUAGAAGAAGAAAACAACAUGCUGCGUCUCAAAUUUGAGAUUCUGUUAGAUAUGAUGACUGAUAAGACUGUGGAAGCUGAACAGCAAGAAUUACAAAGAGCGCAAAGUAUGGGUUCUUUAAAAACAAAAAGUAAAAAACAUAAAUGGUAG